GUUAUACUGUAAUGCUUCGUUACAAUUGUAAUGUGUUACUGCAAAAUGUAAAUCUGUAUAUUAACUUUUUAUUUUAUCUUUUUCAAUCUAUUUUUUAAAAAUACAGAAAAUAUGGGUCUAUUUAAAAGAGUUUGGCCCAAAAUCUCCAAAAUCUGUGAAGUUUUAAAAAAAAAAUUUCAUCGCCCCAAAUUAGGAUCAGGCGUCAAUCACAUUCAAAAUAAUCAAGUUCAAGAAACUAUUAAUCAAUUGCAAGACCAAGUUGAACGAUUGAAAACCGAAAAUCAACAAUUGAAAACCGAAAAUCAACAAUUGAAUGAUAAACAACGUUUUUCGAGGUUAGAAAUAUCUCGUUUGGAAGAAAACUUAAAGUGGGCAAACAAACUUAUAGAAAAACAAGAAGAAGUUCAGCAAAAACAAGAAAAAGUUCAGCAAAAAUACGAAGAGACCGUAAAUUCUUUUAGAAAACGAUUCGGGGAACUAGAAGCAAAAAUUGCUCCACCAAAUUCUCCAGAAAGCAGCUCAGAUUAAAAAAAGUAUUUGCUGUUCCGUACAAAAUGAGUAGUCUAUUUAAUCCAGGGUUUACUGCACCCAAACCGAAUAUAUUCCGUCCGAUUGGUUCACAUUUAUCAUCAAGAAUCUCAGUUUCAUCAUCACCAGGCAGUAAUUAUAGCAUUGAUCAUGUUAAUGCAGAACAACAACAGGUACCACUGACACAAAAUCAUUGCUUCGGUGCAAUUGGUGCACAAUUGAGUGCAAAUUUAUCAUCAUUUAACGAUUUUGCCGCAAGUUUAAAAUUCAACACCAGCAGUUCCUUUUUGUUCAAUCCAAAUGUAUGCGGUAGUUGUGAACGUCUUACACCAGAAAAUCAUUGUUUUGAUUGCAGCAGCACUACUGUUUCCAACGCCAUUGAACAUCGCGAUCAAAUGGAUUUUUAAAAAGGAAUUCAAUUCUUAUAUUUUUUUAUUCAACUCUUUUACCAAAAUGAAAUAUUCUGAUACUGUUUUUCAAAAUAA